AUGCAUUUCUGUGCAUCUGGAAGGAAUAAACGGCUGAAAAAAAUGAAAACCCUAAUAAUAUGGUGCCUUGUAUCCCAAGCAAUCAUUCUAGCGGGAAACUCAGCCGAGAAAGGAGACGUUGAUUUUUCCAUACUAAUAAAAAACGAAAUGUACAACUUCAAAAAACCUUCCGUUUUCUACCACUGCCGAUCCUCAAAGAAAGACCUCGGAUGGCACAAGUCGCAACCAUCUUCCGAGUUUCGUUGGAGCUUCGAAGUUCCUCAGUUUGGUAACGGCGUGAUGGUACACAACUGUGAGUUCAGGUCGAGGCUAGGAACUGCUAAUAUCGAGAUCGAGACGUUGUCCACUACGGCUAUUCUAUGCGACGGGCAGACAUGCAAGUACGCUAUUAGACGUAACGGGAUUUAUUUCAUUGGUUAUGAGUUGUAUUAUCCCUUUGGAGGGAUUGUUGAGCUGUCUAGGCCUGUUGAGAAGCUAAUUGAGCCGUGGACGCCUUGGUCACCGCAUCAAUUGAGAUAUUUGAACCGUAGUAAGCAGAACCAUUCUUGA